UAGCGGCUGCCAUCUUCAGCAAAACAGAGUAGCAGAGGAGGACGAAGCUCCUGUGCUCUCUAUCGACGAACGACAUGCCUUCGCACAAGUCAUUUAUGAUCAAGAAGAAGCUCGCGAAGAAGAUGAGGCAGAACAGGCCUAUUCCUCAUUGGAUCCGCAUGAGGACCGACAACACAAUUAGGUACAACGCAAAGCGCAGGCAUUGGCGCAGAACCAAGCUUGGGUUUUGAGGUGCUUUUGCAGUUUUGGAAUUCAAUCAAAGACUUAUGUUUUGUUGUCUUAUUUAAUCUUGAAUCUAAUGUUCUAUUUGCCCUGGAAUUUGAUGAUACUUUUGUUUGACUUGUACCUUAAAUGAUGCUAGUCUAUCUUAUGUUUUAAACGCAAGUUGUUCUUUGAGGUAGAGAUGAAGUAUGUAUACAUGUUCUCACUACAUGUGCUUGGAAUAGUAAUUUGCAGUCGGGCUUCGGUCA